GCAGCGGCUAAGGCGUGGCUUCCGCUCCGGGCGCUUGAAGGAGACUCGGAGACACCUGGGUCGCCCUGCUUGCGUCGCUGGCCCUGUCACUACCCUCAGUCCAUGAGGAAGAUGCUCGCCGCCGUCUCCCGCGUGCUGUCGGGCGCUGCCCAGAAGCCGGCAAGCAGAGUGCUGGUGGCAUCCCGUAAUUUUGCAAAUGAUGCUACAUUUGAAAUUAAGAAGUGUGACCUUCACCGGCUGGAAGAGGGCCCUCCUGUCACCACAGUGCUCACCAGGGAGGAUGGGCUCAGAUACUACAGGAUGAUGCAGACUGUCCGCCGAAUGGAGUUAAAGGCAGAUCAGCUGUAUAAACAGAAAAUUAUUCGUGGUUUCUGUCACUUGUGUGAUGGUCAGGAAGCUUGUUGUGUGGGCAUGGAAGCUGGCAUAAAUCCCACAGACCAUCUGAUCACAGCCUAUCGGGCUCAUGGCUUUACCUUUACUCGUGGGCUUUCUGUACGAGAAAUUCUCGCAGAGCUUACAGGACGAAGAGGAGGCUGUGCUAAAGGAAAAGGAGGAUCAAUGCAUAUGUAUGCCAAGAAUUUCUACGGGGGCAAUGGCAUCGUUGGAGCUCAGGUGCCCCUGGGAGCUGGGAUUGCUCUGGCCUGCAAGUAUAAUGGAAAAGAUGAGGUCUGUUUGACUUUGUAUGGCGAUGGUGCUGCUAACCAGGGUCAGAUAUUUGAAGCUUACAAUAUGGCAGCUUUGUGGAAAUUACCUUGUAUUUUCAUCUGUGAAAAUAACCGCUAUGGGAUGGGAACGUCUGUUGAGAGAGCAGCAGCCAGCACUGAUUACUACAAGAGAGGCGACUUCAUUCCUGGGCUGAGGGUAGAUGGAAUGGAUGUUCUAUGUGUCCGGGAGGCAACAAAGUUUGCAGCUGCCCAUUGUAGGGCUGGAAAGGGGCCUAUACUAAUGGAGCUGCAGACUUACCGUUACCAUGGACACAGCAUGAGUGAUCCUGGAGUCAGUUAUCGUACACGAGAGGAAAUUCAGGAAGUAAGAAGUAAAAGUGACCCUAUCAUGCUUCUCAAGGAUAGAAUGGUGAACAGCAAUCUUGCCAGUGUUGAAGAAUUAAAGGAAAUUGAUGUUGAAGUGAGGAAAGAAAUUGAGGAUGCUGCCCAGUUUGCUACAGCUGAUCCUGAACCACCUUUGGAAGAACUAGGCUAUCACAUCUACUCCAACGAGCCACCUUUUGAAGUUCGGGGUGCAAAUCAGUGGAUCAAGUUUAAGUCCAUCAGUUAAUAGGAGACUGCAUGUAAUGGAUGGUUACAUCUUCAGUGAGCUACUUGAAAGCAACUAUAAGGAAAUCUUGUUCUCACCCAUAGAAUGUAUGUAGAUUAAGGUAGUAAUUGCAUGCGGUUUAUACAGUAUUGCAUUAAAGGUUAUGUUAGAUUUAUAUAGGUCUAAAUAGGUAACAGACUUUGCUUAACCUUCCUUCAGAUUAUUUCCUUAAAAUAGUUCUAUUUGAUCUAGUUUGUACACUAUUUUAACAGGUACUUUUUAGUUAUUGAAAGGAAAAACAAUUCUUUGUAUGCCUGUCCAAUUCUGCCACCUUAUUUUUGGGGGGUAGGGACUCAUUCCGUCUGGCCCAACCCCACAGCUAACAACAACGUACAUUAAUGCACACACACGCCUAUAAGACAACAUUUAGUUGUCUAACCAGGCAGUGGGUAGAAGGACAGUUCCAUUUUUAAAUAGGACUACUUCACAAUCAUUUCAAAGGUCAAAUAACUUAAAGUGCAAUUAACCAGUUACUAUUAACUUAUAACCUAAAACUGAUUCCCAGCCUUUUUGUUAAACACCUAUUGUUUUAUCUUUGCAGCAAGUGCUAUAUAGGAUGUGAUUUUUUUUCAUUGAAGUAACUUAAAAUUUAUUUUUAAGAAUUCCAUAAUACUCUGGACGUCAAAACUGUGGCUCACAAUCACUGUUCUCACAAUACAUACCGUUCUACUCACCUUUAAAAUGUUGAUAAACAGAGGCAUAAAACAUGAAAGCCAGUGAAAACAUUUUAUUAACUCAUUAGAACUUCAAGUUUUUAAAUUGUUUUUGGUGUUUUAUGUUUGUCUGUAUGAGAAACUUUAACAACAAAGAUGUCAGCUCCUUGCUCCCUCUCUGUCCUCUAACUCAUUAGAACUUCAACUUUUUAAAUUCUUCAUGGUGACUUAUGUGUCUAUGAGAAACUUUAACAACAAAGAUAUCAGCUCCUUGCUCCCUCUCUGUUCUUUAACUCUUUAAGACUUCAAUUUUUUAAAUUAUUCAUGGUGUUUUAUGUGUAUCUGUAUGAGAAAUUUAACAACAAAAUGUGGGCUCAUUGCUCCCUCUGUCCCCUGGCUUUGCUGACUGAUUAAUCCUCAUCUUGGGUCGCCAGGGCCCCCCGAGUCUGUCUUCUGUACCGGGAGACUUCACUCCAGAGCUUGCAGAGGAGCCCACCACUACGAAACAAAAAGAAGAGUCUUCUUUAGAGUCAAAAGAAAACUUCAAAGCAACACCACAGAAUACUUCUUUAGGAGCCCUUACAGCAAAAACUAUAGUAUAUAAUUCUAGUCUUGUCUAGAUUUCUUCUCUUGUUGUAAAAACUUAGUUAAAAUAGAAAUAUGUUCUUUUUGCACAUGGAGGUGACAUUUGUGCCCCAGCAGGAGUGGGACAUUGUCUUAGAGGUACAUGCAGGCAUGCUGAUGUGAACAGAACAUCCCAUUUAAGAUGACAUGGGAACCAGAAUGUAGGCUGCAAUUUAAAGAUAUGUUUUGGUGUAGCAUGGAAUGGGGAGAGCGCUUAUUUCGCCUUCCUGCUUUUCCUACAUAGCCUUUGGCUUCUGCUAUCUCUUGACUUUACUCCCAACUUGAACCUGGGAAAUCUACAGGGUUUAGAGUUUUCUAAGCCAUAGAAAAAGGAAUUAAGUUCAAUGAAGGGGAAAAGGUAGCAGCACUUCAUUUUCUAUAUUUAAAAGCAUAAUCAUAUGAAAAAAGUCGUUUUCUAUUGUACAAAGUGUUCUGAGGCUGUUCUUACCGUAGACCAAGGUAUCUGAGGUCUUCCUUAGUGAAGUCAUUAAGAAUAUCAGAAAGUUUGUAACCUUCUUUAACAAUCUGAAAUACAGAUCAAAUACAUAGGAAGUAAGCACCUUUGUGAUAAUAGCAUAGGAUUGUUUUUUGGGGUAUAAAUUUACCUUUUCAAUAGAAUUUGCAUCUGCUCCUUGCAUUUGCAACCAGUCUACAAGCUCUUGAUAUGUUCUCUGCUCAUAAGACGAUGCUGGGUUCUCUGUAGUAAUUAGAAAUUUGUUUUAUUGUAUAUUGAUGUGUAACAAUAAAACUUGAACAGUGACAAGGAAAUAAACUAUUCCAGAAUGUAAA